CUCCAGCACCGCGCUCUCCAGGGGUGUCGCUCGGCGCGCGCGGGGCGCGAUGGGCGGCGCGUGGCUGGGCGCUGCAGCAUACGUGGCGCAGGUGGGCAACGCCUCGCUGGUCGUUCAGCUCAGGGAGCUGGGCCUCCGUCUGCGGGGCGAGGAUCCCGAGGGCCUGUCGAGGAGCAACCGCCAGGGUUGGCACAGCGGCUUCCUCGAGGCGCGGCCCGACGCCGCUCUCGCGGCGCUGAGGGCUGAGCUCGAGGCGCCGCUCCUGGCGUUCGCCGCCGGCCGCGGCCGCCCGGCAUCGCACCCCGCGGCGCCCGAGCUGGCCUUGCGGGUGCACAUCGCCUCGCUCUGGGCGAACGUCCUGGACACCACUGGCGGCCUCGUGGCCCACCGGCACGCCCAGGUGAACAGCACGGGCGAGGACGUCGCCGAGGUCUCUGGCGUCUUCUACGCCUCGGCCGGGUCGGGCGGCCUCCUGCGUUUUCCCGAGGAGCCCGGCGACGCGGCUGGGGGCGAUGGGCAAGUCUUCGAGCCGCAGCCAGGCGUGGCCGUGCUCUUCCGCGCGGACGCCCUGCACGAGGUUCUGCCCGCCGCGCCGCCGCCAGCGGCGGGCGCGGCGCCUAGAGGCCCGGGCUCCUCCACGGUGGGCGGCCGGGAGCCGCGGAUCUCCUUCUCGUUCAACGUGGUGACGAGGCCCCUGGUCUCUGCCCUGGACAGGGCAGCGGCACGUGGAGAUGUCCGGGAGCUGGAGAGGCUGGCGCGGCCCACGGCAGACGUGUCCGGCGCGGGCGGUUUCACUGCGCUGCACCACGCCGCCGAGGCAGGCCACGCCCCCGCCGCGGAGCUGCUGCUGAGCCGCCGCGCCGCGGAGCCGCGGGCGUGGACCCCCGGUGGCCGACAGGCGGUGCACCUGGCGGUGGCCGCGGGCAGCGUGCCCGUGGUCGAGCUGCUACUUGAGUCGGACCCAGCGGCCUGCGCCGCCCGAGGUGCGUCGGGCACCACGCCAGCGCACAUCGCCGCGGCGAAUGGCGACGUUGCCCUGCUGCGCAAGCUGCGGGCCGCCGGCGCGGACCUGCGCUCGCGGAGCGACGAGGGGCAGGAGCCGCUGCACGCCGCCGUGCGCAACGGCCACCUGCCGGUCGUAAGCCUGCUGCUGUCUGAGGGCGCGGACGCCAAUCUGCAGGACGAGGGCGGUCUGCGCCCUCUCCACGAGGCGGCCCGCGGCGGCCUCGGCCGCGCCGCCGAGCUUCUCCUCGCCGCCCGUGCGGACCCGCUGGGCGGCGACGCUGGCGGGCGCCCCGCGCUGUUCUGGGCCGCGCACGGGGGCCACGCGGCGCUCCUCGGCCUCCUCUCGCGCGGGCCCCGCGCGCUGCCCGACGCGCUGCGCAGCCCCGCGGCGCUGGCGGGCAAGGGCGGCGCCGCCGCCGGCAGCCGCGGCGAGGCCGUGGCGGACUACCUCGCGGCCGCCAUGGUCGGGGAGGGCGGCGACCUCCGCUCCGACCCGGACGACCUGGCGCCCAUGUCGGCGAUUCCAACGGGUGUGGCUCGGCGGCGAAAUCCGAGCCUGGGGCUUCCAGGGCUCGACUCGUGCUCGUUCGCGAUGCCGCCAUCUGACCGCGG